AUGGAGAAUGAACCAAGCACGACAACGUGUUCUGCAUCCACAACUACUAUCACCACCACCUCGACCUCCCGGACGCAGCUCCCUCAGAUAUCCGUCUACAGCGGCUCGGAUCGACAUGCUGUCCAGGUUAUUCAGCAGGCCUUGCAUCGUCCUCCUAGCUCAGCUGCUCAGUACCUUCAGCAGAUGUAUGCAGCCCAACAGCAGCAUCUAAUGCUGCAGACUGCUGCUUUGCAGCAGCAGCACUUAAGCAGUACCCAAUUUCAGAGUCUGGCAACUGUACCACAGGCAAGCCUGUCAGGUGGGAGGCAAUGUACUUCCCCCACUGGGAGUGUCACUCAGCAGUCAAGCAUGUCGCAGACCUCGAUUAACCUCUCCACCUCUCCUACACCUGCACAGAUAAUAAGCCGUUCACAGACCUCCAACACCACCAGCAGCAGUAUCACCCAACAGACCAUGUUGCUGGGGAGCACCUCUCCAACCCUGAGUGCAAGCCAGGCUCAAAUGUAUCUCCGAGCUCAAAUGCUUAUUUUCACUCCUGCUACCACUGUGGCUGCUGUACAGUCUGACAUCCCUGUUGUCUCCUCUUCCUCAUCUUCCUGUCAGUCUGCAGCUACUCAGGUUCAGAACUUGACAUUGCGCAGCCAGAAGUUGGGUGUAUUGUCAGGUUCCCAGAAUGGCCCACCAAAGAGCAGCAGUCAAACUCAGGCGUUGUCCCUGUGCCCUCCUAAACCUGCAACCAGCAGCAAGGGCAGCCAGCCAGAUUCCUCAGAAAGCAAUAGGAAAAGCGAGAGCCCAACUCCAGAGUGUCGGAGUACGCCAGUCACGCGGACACCAAGCAUACAUCAGUUAAUAACACCAGCUUCAUAUUCUCCAAUUCAACCUCAUUCUUUAGUAAAACAUCAGCCGAUCCCACUGCAUUCGCCACCCUCAAAGAUUUCGCAUCACCAGCUGAUCCUGCAGCAGCAGCAGCAAGUGCAGCCGAUUGCACUUCAGACCUCUGGUCAGGACCCGCCUCCGUCCCAGCACUGCCUGCCCGUCCCCAGCCACAGCCUUCCUCCCGCUCCCAGCAGCAGCCAGUCUCAGCACUGCUCGCCCAUUCACAUCCAUCCGCCGCCUCUCACGCUGUCUCCCACGCCGUCCCAGGCAGCUCAGCAGUCGGUAGUGGUGUCUCCUCCGCCUCCUCAUUCCCCGAGUCAGUCACCCACAAUCAUCAUCCACCCUCAAGCGCUUAUCCAGUCGCAGGCGAGCUCCCUUGUGCCAGCAGCUCUGCAGGCCGAGCAGGCGGCUCCUCAGCAAAGCAGCACGAGUCCGGUUCGACCUGCUGGCCAACCGCUCAACCUGCCCUCGCAUCUUCCACUCCCACCUUCCCCAGCUGUGCAUAUAGCCCCAGCAGAGCAACCCAGCUUAGUUUCCCCAGGCCAGCAGAUAGUGCCCUCCACGCCACACCAGCCGUAUUCAGCCCUGCCGUCCACACCUAUCCCCCUCGCUGCUCCUCCUCAGCUGUCGACGUCUUCAACGCAGAUGCAACCACUGCCAUUACAGUCCGUGCAGUCUUUACAAGUGCAGCCUGAAAUUCUAUCCCAGGGCCAAGUUUUGGUUCAAAACACUUUGGUUUCUGAGGAAGAACUUCCUGCUGCAGAGGCUUUGGUCCAGCUGCCGUUUCAGACUCUUCCUCCACCGCAGACAGUUGCGGUGAAUCUUCAAGUGCAGCCAUCAGUACCAAUUGAAACUCCAGUGAUUUACCAAGUGGAGAAUGUAUGUGAAGAAGAGAUGCCCGAGGACUCUGAAUGUGCCCGUAUGGUUAGAACUCCAACACCCCCGACUCUGUCACCACCAGCCAUCACCUUGGGGAAUGGAGAGGCAAUUAAUUCAGAAGAGCCCUUGUCUGAACACGCGGGACUGCCUUCAAUGACAUCGUCAGUCAGUGCCUCAGUAAUUAAAUCUCCUUCUGACCCUUCGCAUGCCUCUAUUCCACCGCCACCUCUCUUGCUUCCAGCAGCAACAACAAGGAGCAACAGCACAUCGAUGCCCAACAGCAUUCCUAGCCUUGAAAACAAACCUCCCCAGGCCAUCGUUAAACCACAGAUCCUCACCCAUGUUAUUGAGGGCUUUGUGAUCCAGGAGGGGUUAGAGCCAUUCCCUGUAAGUCGUUCAUCUUUGCUGGUGGAACAGCCCGCAGAAAAAAGAUUGCUAGUGGAGGGUCAGAUCAUGAGUGUUAUGUGUGUUGAAUCAGACUUACAGAACACAAAACAUGCAGACAACUCAUCGGACACUGAGGUAGAGGAUAUGAUUGCAGAAGAGGGUCUAGAUGAAAUUGAAAAUGAACUUCUGAAGUGCGAAUUUUGUGGAAAAAUGGGAUAUCCUAAUAAGUUCUUACGGUCAAAACGWUUCUGCUCCACRUCCUGUGCCAAAAGGCACAGCCUUAGUUGCACUAAGAAGUACGGGCUGUACGCGUCGGACAAGAGCAGCCGCUGGAAUCGCAAAUCAGAGAGCCAGAGCCUUGGGCGGCGCGGGCGGCGACCGAGCGGCCCCGACGGGGCCUCGCGGGAUCCCUUUCUUAGACAGCUUCCAAUUACUUAUCCAUCUGCAGAAGAAGAUACGGCUUCUCAUGAGGAUACUGUUCCAACUGCCAUGACCACCCGUCUGCGAAGGCAAAGUGAAAGAGAGAGAGAACGUGAACUUAGGGAACUAAGAAUUAGGAAAAUGCCAGAGAGCAUUGACCUGCUGCCAGUGGUGCAAAACGACCCGUCCGUGUGGACUGUUGAUGAAGUCUGGGCCUUCAUACAUUCUUUGCCUGGUUGUCAAGAUAUUGCAGAUGAAUUUAGAGCACAAGAAAUUGAUGGACAAGCUCUCCUCUUGCUGAAGGAGGAUCACCUUAUGAGUGCAAUGAAUAUUAAGCUUGGGCCUGCAUUGAAAAUUUGUGCACGUAUCAAUUCAUUGAAGGAAUCCUAGGGGGAACAUGAAGGCUUAAAUGUCAGUUUUCUGUGACAGAACCAACAAUAACAUGCCGACAUCUUCACCAUGGCCUGAGUAUUACUGGGAUGCUUUCUUGAAGAUAUGGAGUUUUCCCCACGUAAAAAUUUAAAAAUAUUCCUYUGGUUGUACCAUAUAGUUCUCCAUGAUUCCCACAAUUAAUAGGGUCAUGGUAAAGCUUGAGUAAUACUUGGAGUUAAAGUGGGAGUUCAUGGAAAAACCUGAACAGAAACAUGAUGUGGUAAGUUAAAUAUUCCCCAACAUGUACUUACCGUACAAGUUUAGCACCCCCAGUCUAAACACAAUUUCAACUAGGUUGCUGUAUUCUGAAAGACAUUUUUUUCCAUGUAUACAGCAGUUCUUGGACUGAAAUAACAGAAGUGUCCACAGAUGCUGUGGAAGCACUGAUAAUUGUAAAAUGCUAUGCAUUUAGUUGUGCUCUCUGAGUUUCUUUUAGUCUUGAGCAAAUUGUUUGAAGGAAUAGGUUGGCAGCCUCUUUUUUCAUGUGUAGACUUAUCCUCAUCACUGCCACUGUAGUAUUUACUUUUAAGUCUGGAAAUACUAGACUGUUCAGGGGCCUCAUGGAAAUCCUUGCUGUCAGGCUACUGAAAUGCAAUGGCUUGGCACUCUUGCCAGAGGUAACUGAAGCACAUGUGUUACUUCACUCUUUGUAUGCUGCUAUGCACUAAGAGGGCAUUAAGUUAUUAGUUUUGCUUGCUGCUAGUUAAACUAGACCAGCAGUUCUUAAAUGGGGGCUCAGAGUGGAUCCUGAGAGGGUGCGAGAGCACUCAGGGUUCGGGUUCCCAAAUGCUUGGGAAUGAGGGGUGAAAACUGCAACCCCAGCUAGCUCUAAGAACUGGAGACAAAGAGAAAUGGUAUCA